AUGCUGCUCGACCCAAACGCCGCCAGCGUGAUGCAACAGAUGCAGGAUCCGAGCAAUAUCUCCGACUGGCACAGUGCGAGUCCCCUGAACGACCCCAGUUUCGUGACGUCUGGCCGCCAUGCCACGGUACUAGCACCAACCACCCGUACCUUUGCACAGUGGGUCGAUCAUAUGGUCGACCUGUUCAUGGUACGUGGCUCCCGCAGUCCUCUCCAAUGGAUGCUCGACCUUCGAUCGUACGGCCUCAAGGUACACUUCAACAGUACGGUGCCGGGCCACGUCAGCUGGAUGGCCGAGGAUCGCCUACUAUACAAAGACCUGAACUUCACGAUGACGGAGUUCCGGUCGUUCGUCCAUCGGCGGGUGAGCGACGCGCACGAGUGUCUGUUCGACCAACUCCUUUUUGCCCCGGCCGAGGGUACGGCGGCAAUCCCUACCAUCCCAUGGAGUCAGCUGUACGACGACCCCGUGGAGAGCAAGGACGGAUGGAAUUUCCUGCAGGACAAACGGACCCCGUGGCCGGUUGACGGAUCCAACUGGCUGUUACUCCGCACCCGCAACACACCGAGUAUCCAGAGCCAGUUCAUCGACGACCGGCAGCUGACGACAAAGCGAGUUGACAUCUACCUCGACAAAGUGAUCCGCUUCCGGGAGAAACUCUGCGUGAUCGUCCACCUCUGCGGCGGCCAGCCAGCACGUGGCCGGGAGCUCCUCAGUAUCCGACACCGCAAUACCCCUGGUGGAGGGAUUCGCGAUCUGUUCAUCGAGGAUGGGAUGGUCACGUUUGUGACCAAGUACCACAAGGGAUUCUACGCGUCGAACGACGUUAAGGUCAUCCAUCGGUACCUACCCCGGGAGGUCGGCGAGUUGGUCGUCUGGUAUCUCUGGCUGGUUCUGCCGUUUGUGGAAAAGCUCCAGGAGUAUCGAGCCGAGCGAGGCCAGCAGGAUCACCUACGGUAA